AUGCAGCAGUCACGCACACGAGCUGUAAAUGCUCUCAAGGGCAACCGCAACUUUUCCACCACAGCACAAAGAUUCGCCGUCUCGCCCUUCCGCAGGCCUGCACAGGCUGUCUCGACCAAAAUCACCCAAGAAGAUGCGAAGCGACCUCAGAGCACCCAGGCGGCCGCUGCCACACAAACAGCGUCGCGGUCAAGACCGUCGCCCGCCUUCAACCGCGAGGACUACAAGGAUGUCCAGCCAUUGAAGCAGUACCGUUCGCCUGCAAUGGACCACUCUUUUGUUGGCAUGACUGGUGGAGAGAUCUUCCACGAGAUGAUGCUCCGCCAGGGCGUCAAGCACAUCUUUGGAUACCCCGGUGGUGCCAUUCUCCCCGUCUUCGAUGCGAUUUACCAGUCAAAACACUUCGACUUUAUCCUUCCGCGACAUGAACAGGGUGCCGGCCACAUGGCAGAGGGUUACGCCCGCGCAAGUGGAAAGCCCGGUGUUGUGCUCGUUACUUCUGGACCCGGUGCCACCAACGUCGUCACACCCAUGCAGGAUGCGCUGAUGGACGGAACACCUCUGGUUGUUUUCUGCGGUCAGGUCGUUACCAGCGCAAUUGGAUCCGAUGCUUUCCAGGAAGCUGACAUGGUCGGCAUCACAAGGCCUUGCACAAAGUGGAACGUCCUCGUCAAGAACGUUGCUGAACUUCCACGGAGAAUCAACGAGGCUUUCGAGAUUGCCACAAGUGGACGACCGGGACCCGUUCUCGUUGACCUGCCCAAGGAUGUUACCGCUAGUGUCCUCCAAAGAGCGAUUCCCAUGAGCAGCACCCUGCCCACACCUGUCAGUGCCGCGACCAUUGCUGCGCGCGAGCUCAGCAAGCAACAGCUCGAAAACUCCAUCCGACGAUCUGCCGACCUGAUUAACAUGGCGAAGAAGCCCGUCAUCUACGCCGGACAGGGUAUCCUCCAAACUGAGGACGGACCCGCCCUUUUGAAGGAGCUCUCUGACAAGGUCAACAUUCCCGUUACCACUACCCUGCAAGGUCUUGGAGGAUACGACGAACUGGAACCCAAGUCUCUUCACAUGCUCGGUAUGCACGGCUCGGCCUACGCCAACAUGGCCAUGCAGGAGGCCGAUCUGAUUCUCGCUCUCGGUGCUCGUUUCGAUGACCGUAUCACCGGUGCCAUCUCCAAGUUCGCACCUGCGGCAAAGGCGGCCGCGGCUGAGGGUCGUGGUGGUAUCAUUCACUUCGAGAUUAUGCCCAAGAACAUCAACAAGGUUGUACAGGCGACUGAGGCUGUUGAGGGUGAUCUCGGCACCAACCUGAAGCAGCUUCUGCCCCUCGUCAACGAAGUUCCCGAGAGACCGGAGUGGCUGGGACAAAUCGCCGCCUGGAAGGAGCGUUUCCCAUGGGCCUACGAGAAGGAGGGCGAGAACGGUCUGAUCAAGCCGCAGACCGUCAUGGAGAAGCUCUCUGACCUCACCGCGAACCGCAAGGAAGAGACCAUCCUCACAACUGGUGUUGGCCAGCAUCAGAUGUGGUGCGCCCAGCACUACCGAUGGAGGUACCCCCGUACCAUGAUCACAUCUGGUGGUCUCGGAACCAUGGGCUACGGUCUGCCUGCCGCCAUCGGUGCCAAGGUCGCGCGACCUGACUGCACCGUCAUUGACAUUGACGGUGACUCCUCCUUCAGCAUGACUUUGACCGAGCUCUCAACGGCUGCCGAGUUCAACAUUGGCGUCAAGGUCAUCAUUCUCAACAACGAGGAGCAGGGUAUGGUUACCCAAUGGCAAACUCUCUUCUACACCGACCGAUUCGCGCAUACUCACCAGCGCAACGCCGAUUUCGUCAAGCUCGGUGACGCCAUGGGUGUCCAGGCCAAGCGAUGCAUCAAGCCUGAGGAGCUUGAGGACUCGCUAAAGUGGCUCCUCGAGAGCGACGGUCCGGCCCUGCUGGAGGUCGUCACUGACCAGAAGGUACCUGUGCUGCCCAUGGUGCCCGCAGGAAGUGGUCUGCACGAGUUUAUGAUUUACGACGAGAAAACCAUCAAGGACCGAAGAAAGCAAACCAAGGAGCGAUCCGGUCGUUAA